AUGGCGGACGGAAUCGAUAGAACGGCGGAGGAGAGGAUGGAGUUUACAACAUCAAAGGAGGUGACUGUCGCGCCAACCUUUGAGGAUAUGCACUUGAAGGAAAACCUGUUACGUGGAAUUUAUGCGUACGGAUACGAAUCGCCUUCAGCUGUGCAGUCUCGCGCAAUCGUCCAAAUCUGCAAGGGCCGCGAUACCAUCGCGCAGGCCCAGUCAGGCACUGGUAAAACUGCGACAUUCUCAAUCAGUAUUCUACAAGUCAUCGAUACAGUUCUGAGGGAAACUCAAGCCCUUGUCUUAUCACCAACACGAGAGCUUGCCACCCAAAUCCAAUCCGUGGUUAUGGCCUUGGGGGACUACAUGAAUGUCCAAUGCCAUGCGUGUAUCGGCGGCACUAACGUUGGUGAGGAUAUCCGGAAGCUGGACCAUGGCCAGCAUGUCGUUUCGGGCACCCCCGGCCGUGUUGCCGAUAUGAUCCGCCGUCGCCACCUCCGAACCCGUCAUAUCAAGAUGCUGGUACUUGACGAAGCUGACGAACUGCUAAACCGCGGGUUCCGCGAACAAAUCUAUGAUGUUUACCGUUAUCUUCCUCCUGCCACUCAGGUUGUGGUCGUUUCUGCAACUCUCCCCUAUGAUGUUCUCGACAUGACCACAAAGUUCAUGACUGACCCAGUUCGCAUUCUUGUCAAGCGUGACGAGCUGACCCUGGAAGGGCUCAAGCAAUACUUCAUUGCAGUGGAGAAAGAAGAAUGGAAAUUCGACACCCUUUGCGACCUCUACGAUACACUCACAAUCACCCAGGCCGUGAUAUUCUGCAACACGCGACGCAAGGUAGACUGGCUUACGGAUAAGAUGCGCGAAGCCAACUUUACCGUCUCCAGUAUGCAUGGCGAAAUGCCGCAAAAGGAGCGUGAUAGCAUUAUGCAGGACUUCCGUCAAGGAAACUCUCGCGUUCUUAUCUCCACUGACGUCUGGGCUCGAGGUAUCGAUGUGCAGCAGGUAUCUCUAGUCAUCAACUACGAUCUUCCCAGCAAUCGUGAGAACUACAUCCACAGAAUCGGACGAAGUGGCCGCUUUGGACGGAAGGGUGUUGCUAUCAACUUCGUCACGAGUGAGGAUGUCAGAAUCCUCAGAGAUAUCGAGUUAUACUACUCUACCCAGAUCGAUGAGAUGCCAAUGAACGGUACGUUAUUUUACCUCCGUUACCGGCCGAUGUCGCGUUUGUCCCUGUGGCUAACACAAUCCAAUAGUUGCCGACCUUCUCACGUAACUACGCUAUCGUGGAGCACAAAUGUAGAGCAUACCUUUCCUCUUUUGUUGAUGAAUGCAUUUUCGAAAAUCCAAAUUGGCAUUUGA